AGAUCUGACGGUCCACAGAUUUGAUGUAGGAGCUCCAACGGCCGUGGCGAGAGCCGCGGUAUUUGGCACAUGACCUAUCAUGGCCUUCUCCGGUGACCUGGACGACGAACCGAUAGAAACCCUUCAGCGGACCGUCCCUUUCGACCGAUCGGACCGCGGCGUUGGCGUCGGCGUGGGACCGGGUCUCUCCGGCGCCCGGGGGGCCGAAGCAAACGCCGGAGCGCUCGACGGUGGUGUUCACAGCGGUCCGAGCAGCAACUGCAAAGGUGGAAGGAUCAGCGCCGUGGCUUGUUCCAUCAUCGGGUCCCUAAAUGAUCGUUUGCAAGCCUCAGCCUAAGUGACUGAAGAAAGGUAGUGCAGAUAAAGGUUGUUGAACACUCACUUUGAAGUCAGCAGGUUCUUGAAAGAUGGGAUUGACUAUCAUUGGUCCAUGCAUGAAGACAAUGCGUUCUUGUUUGAUGUAUGUUUUCGCGCUUAGCUGGCGAUGUCCAGUCCAACAGCUACUGCCAAAUCCGCCUUGGUCGGAUGGAGUGCUCCGCAGAUCUGGCUGAGACCAACAUUUUUUGGUCAGAUUGGCCGGAAUGUUCCGCCAAGGCAAGUCAGUGGAAGUUCUGGAAGACAAGCUCAGUGCUUGAGCUUUUCCGUGGGCUUUCUCCUUUUCUGUCGCCCUUCUCAUUUGUGCAGCCACCGUCGUGGGAACCCCCGAUACCGCCACCGGGCUCGCGCGAGCUCGAAGCCGGUGGAGCUGGCACAAGACUUGGACGCGCAGGAUCCAGAGAUGGCGGUGGAAGCUUCGUACUCCUCAGGGGCCUUUAGCUUGACAAGUACCUUAUGGCCUCCCAAGCAGGUCAUCACCGACAUCGGCAAGCUCACACCCAUCCAGGCGGAAGCGUCUGUAGGACGCUACACAGGUGCUGCACCUCCCUUGCCGGAAUGGCCCUUCUAUGAAAGCCAGAUGAGCUUGGAAGAGCUGCAGGCCUUGGAUGCCAAGGAUGAAGAGAUGCUGAAGCGGCUCACCUUCGUGGACUUUGCAGACCAGCUCACCCGGGCCUAUGUCUUGGCCAGUCGAUGGCAGAAAUCCAACCUGGGCCGGUCCGCAGGCUUCGACCGCCUUGGCAUUGGCAUUUUGAGCGGCUUCAUGUUCACCAACCCGGUCCUGAUGCGGCAGCUCCAGGGCUUGAACGUCUUGCAAAACUAUGUGGCAGAGAAGUGCCAGGACGAUGCACCUGAAGACGAAGCACCGCGGAAGACGCGUCUUCCGGCGGCGUCGCCCGAGACCUUCGCCGCCUUCCUGCGCAGCGUGGAGGCCGGCGAGACCAUCGCCGCGGAGUUCGCCGCGGUGGCGCCGGUGGAGCGGGAGACCUUCGUGGAGGGCCUAGUGAGCUCUCAAGGCAGUGCACUCGCGAUGUGGACACAAGAACCAGAGAGCGGCCUAGCGGAGGUCCACUUCUGCAUCGGCCAUGACUGCCUCAAAGAAGGUCCUGAGGUGGAAGACUUGCUCAUGCGCCUGGUGGCGCGCAAGGCGCAGGCGCAGGGUGCCCAACGGCUCCGCGCCCGCGCGCGCUUCACCGAGAAGGGGAAGCUCUUGGUGCCCUGCCCCAAGCUCCAGUUCCAGCUGGCGCCUGGCGAGCGCGAAUUCGCCGAGGACGCCAGCGACGCGGAGGCCAUGAGCAAUCGAGACUUCACCAAGCCCAAGGCACACCGUCCGAACUGUGGGAGUGGUGCGACGCAUCCCCGCAAGCCCAGAGCACCAGAAGUUCCAGCACCAGAAGGCCUGUGGAGGUCCAGGAUUACUAUGCUAUUCCGGAAGCCGUGGAAGGACUGCGGACCUGGCUCUUGGUGCUUUGCUUGGAGGAUCGUCUUGAAGAAGCCAACGGCUGGUGCCAGGAGAUGGGCGCCGCCACGUUGGAUGAGGUGAUUGAGAGUCGGGAGGACUUAGCCGAGUAUUUGGAGCAGCAAGCACCGCUUACGGCCGGAGAGAAGCAAGCAUUGUUGGAGAGAGAUCAUUAGACCUACUGAGUGUGGGUAGACCUGCAAGUUGUAGCUGAUGGGCAUGGGGGAAGUCCCCAUGAACCCCCAAAAGUGGAGGAAUCAACAGGCGACCCAAAGCUUUGCUUUUUGCUGGCGAGAACGCCUUGGGUUUGGACUCCGGUGCUGGCGCGUGGAAC